GCAGAACAUCCGUCCAUCCUGCCUCGAGCGCCUCCCCCAGUCUUUAUACACGCCACCGCAUUCCCCUUCCCUUCCCUUAAACCCCACAUUUAAUUCACUCGCCUCACUAAUCACCCACUUCACUCCCUCCUCUCCCUUCUCCACCGCCAUUUCCCAUCGCCCCAUCCACCUCUCCGUCCUCCAAAUCGAGCCAAAGAACACCACCAGUCCUCUUUCUCUCUCUCCAUGGGCACGCUUCCCCGCCGCCUCCUCUUCUCCCUCGCCCUCCUCCUCCUCGCCGCCGCCGCGGCCCCCGGCGCGGUGGCGGCGGGCAGGCUGUCGACGUCGUACUACCGCCGCAGCUGCCCGCGCGUCGAGCAGAUCGUCUCGGACGUCGUCGCCGCCAAGCAGCGCGCCAACCCUUCCACGGCGGCGGGCACGCUGCGGCUCUUCUUCCACGACUGCUUCGUCUCCGGCUGCGACGCCUCCGUGCUCGUCUCCCCGCUCUCCUCCGACCAGACCCCCGAGCGCGCCGCGGAGAUCAACCUCUCCCUCCCCGGGGAUGCCUUCGACGCCGUCGCCCGCGCCAAGACCGCGCUGGAGGCCGCCUGCCCGGGCGCCGUCUCCUGCGCCGACAUCCUCGCGCUCGCCGCGCGCGACCUCGUCGGGAUCCUGGGCGGCCCGCGCUUCCCGGUCUUCCUCGGCCGCCGCGACGCGCGCCGCUCCGACGCGCGCGACGUCGAGGGGAACCUCCCGCGGACCAACAUGUCGGCGCGCGCCAUGGCCGUCCUCUUCGCCCGCAAGGGGAUCACCCCGCAGGAGAUGGUGGCACUGGCCGGCGCGCACACCGUGGGGUUCUCUCACUGCGCCGAGUUCGCGCACCGGCUCUACAACUACGGGGGCGCCGACGGCUACGAUCCGUCCCUGAACCCGGCGUUCGCGCGGGCGCUGCAGAGCUCCUGCACGGGCUACGACAAGGACCCAACCAUCUCCAUCUUCAACGACAUCGUCACACCCAGGGACUUCGACGAGCUCUACUACAAGAACCUGCCCAGGGGACUCGGGCUGCUCGCCUCCGACGCCGCGCUCUGGGAGUACGGGCCCACCAGGGUCUUCGUCCAGCGCUACGCCGACAACCGGACGGCCUUCUUCGAGGACUUCGCCAAGGCGAUGCAGAAGCUCGGCACCGUCGGCGUCAAGACCGGGCGGCAGGGCGUCGUCAGGCGCCAAUGCGACAUCCUCGACUGACCGGCGACUUAAUUGACGGCGUUGUUGCCUCAUGUGUAAUGUUUGCUACUCUAGUAAGAUUGGUCAAAUUUAGGAUUGGAUUUGGGGGUGGGCUGCUCUGAUUCCUGAACGGAACUUUUGAAUCGCGAUGCGUUUUGACUGAGUGCUGCAGCAGAAUGAAAAGCGGGUAACGGAGCCCACCCAUGGAAUUCAACGAGUGGCAUCUUUAUGUUAAAAGUCGUUAUCGGCUUAUCGCUGCACUUGUGACUUGAUCAUGUGCAUGGCUGCA